GCUUUGCGUUUCGUGAGAGAAAAGAAAGACAGAGAGAAAAUGUAAAUCUACAUUACUCGUAAUGCACUUGCAUAAUAUUUUUUAUGUCGUACGUACCUACCUACCUACCUACAUACAUACAUUUUUUUUUUUAUUAUUAUUAUAAAACUGAAACCAAACUAGAGAGUUGAGUGAGCGAGAGAAACGCUCCUCACAUAUCGCCAUCUCACUCACUCGCUCGUCGCACCCAUCAACAACACAGACCGUAAUGCGUUAUGAGCGAGACGGCACAGAGCGAGAGAGAAAUAUCAUGUUAAUGCGACGACACUAUUGGUCGAAGUGACACCGCGUUGCGGUCGCUUUUUGAACUGACAGUAACUGAGGUAAACCCCAAUCUACCGAAAAAUUUACACAUUCGCUCGUCACUCUCGGCACGGUCGAGUUGUUGUAAGCUGAUAUACAUUAUUAUCGUCGUUAUCCCAUUAAACAAUCAUGCCGCCCAAGACAAGUGGCAAGGCCGCCAAGAAGUCAGGCAAGGCUCAGAAGAACAUCUCCAAAACUGACAAGAAGAAGAAGAAGCACAAGAGGAAGGAGAGCUACGCCAUCUACAUCUACAAAGUGCUGAAGCAGGUCCACCCCGACACCGGUAUCUCCAGCAAGGCCAUGUCGAUCAUGAACUCGUUCGUGAACGACAUCUUCGAACGCAUCGCCGCCGAAGCUUCCCGUCUGGCUCACUACAACAAGCGUUCCACGAUCACGUCGAGGGAGGUGCAGACAUCCGUCAGGCUGCUGCUGCCCGGUGAACUCGCCAAGCACGCCGUCAGUGAAGGCACAAAGGCCGUCACCAAAUACACCAGCUCCAAGUGAAUUGGCAGCGCUUCGUCGUCGUCGUCGUCGUUCGUGUUGUCGGUGUUUUACACCAAACACAACCACGACACAAAAACAAAAGGCCCUUUUCAGGGCCACAAAAUGCAUAUCAUAAAUUGAAAAGUUUCUUGUCGAUGGCGUGUCACGUAAAUAAAUGUUAAUGUACCUUACCUACCUACUUAGGUAACCUACUUGUAAAAAAUUUAACACAUUCGCCGCACAACACAACAGCUUAUUUAUUUAUUUAUUGUUCGCUUAUAGUAAGCAUUGUAAAUAAUUAAUAAUUGUCUACGUAUCAGAUUGUGCUUGUCAGUGAAGAGUGAGCGAACUAGAGAAAAAAAUAAAAUAUUGUCAACUAAAAAUAACAAUGACUCCUAUAAAAUAUCGAAGGUAAAUUAGAAUCAAUCAACACAAUACCUACAUUAUUUUAAUUUUCGCAGAUAACAGGAAAAAAUAUAAAUUAAUUAUGAACGAACUAUGAAGUUAAUAAACUAAGCUAGUACUUAUUAAAUUAUGAAAUAAUACUUUUCACACACUUACUCGUACUGCAGACUCACUGUUUAAAUAAAAUAUUUGUAUCAUU